AUGAGGGAAAAGCAGUAUGAAAAGAGAGCCCGUUACAAGAGCCAGGGUGCAGAGGGAGUGGGAGCUGUCAUAACCUACUCAGGCUGCAUCACACAGAUGUUCUUUUUCCUACUCUUUGCUGGAUCAGACAACUUUCUACUGGCUGUGAUGGCCUAUGACCGAUUCGUGGCCAUCUGUCACCCCUUGCAUUACAUGGUCAUCAUGAAACCCACCUACUGUGGGCUGCUGGUUCUGGUGUCCUGGAUGAUGAGCACUGUGAAUUCAUUAUUACAAAGCUUAAUGAUGUUGUGGCUGUCCUUCUGUAUACAGGUGGAAAUCUCCCACUUUUUCUGUGAAAUCAAUCUGGUGGUCCGACUUGCCUGUUCUGACACCUUUCUUAAUGACAUGCUGAUUUGUUUUGCAGCUGGAUUGUUGGGUGGUGCUUCCCUAGCUGGGAUCCUUUACUCUUAUUCUAAGAUAGUUUCCUCCAUACGUGGGAUCUCAUCAGCUAAAGGCAAAUAUAAGGCAUUUUCUACCUGUGUAUCACACCUCUCAAUUGUUUCCUUAUUUUAUUGUAUGAGCCUAGGAGUGUACCUUAGCUCCGCUGCUACCCAGAGCUCCCACUCAAGUGCUGUAGCCUCGGUGAUGUACAUGGUGGUCACGCCCAUGCUGAACCCCUUCAUCUACAGCCUGAGGAACAAGGACAUAAAAGUUGCUCUGAAAAGAAUCGCUGGGGUGCCAGUGAUGUAA